UUCUAGUCAAAAGGUUGUAUGAAAUAAGGCGAGUUUACAACGUUUACCAACCGGCAUGAAAAUCUGCCGGGAGUCGCUGCGGUGUUUGCUGGUCGUCGUGGCGGCCACCGAGGCGGUCGUCAUAACGAUACGCGGCGCCGAGACAGAGGUGCAGGUGCGGGGACUGGCCGUGAACAACAGUGCACCGCACCAGAAACUUUCCGCUAAAACUCUGUGCCAGUGCCGCCAAGCAUGUCGCGCGUGGCCGCCGUGUUUGAGUUUCUCCUACAAAGCCGCCAGCAGCGAGUGUCGUCUGCUGGUGGGCGACCGCCUCACCAACACUGAGGAGGAUCCUGACGCCGUCUACCACUACCGCUACACCGCAAUCAGCAGUGUUCCAUCUGCGGUCCUGAGCAAAGACAUCGUCCGGCUGGCUGACGGCCUCUACUACUUCUACCAGACCACAACCAACCUCUACUCUGCCGCCAAGAACGUGUGUGAGGAAUGGCCAGGCUUCCACUUGCCCGUCAUCAUCACGCAGACUCAGCACACCGCCAUCGUCGGAAGCUCCUUCUACAAAAAACUCGGCCCCUUCCAUCUCGGUCUUAGCGGGAUUGCUUCUACGGGCUACACUUGGGCGAAUGGCAUGGACUUCACAAAGACAACCAAGGUCAACUUUGGCAAGACCGUCAUUGAAAACGAUGAUUAUCCCAACAAGCACUACCACAUGUGGGAUGGAGACUUUUGUGACUGCCCAAAUGAUUGGAAUCAAGCGGUGUACUGUCAAGCAAACCUAGAUCAAAUUCCUUGGAAUUGAUUAACUGGCUACGAAAACAUUGGCUUUUUCAAAUGAUGCAUCCAAUGACCGAGAAGCCAAAAUAAGCACGGUUUAUGGAUUUUAAAAAUUAGAGGAUCGAUACGCAAAUGCAUCUAUCGUCCUCGCGAUUGCCAUUGCACUAUAUCAAUAGACCCUAAAUUAUUUUAUCUAAUGCAGAGUGGUUCAUGCUUUUCUCUACGAAUCUGCAUGUUGCGGGAAACUUGUCAAUUGAUGAAUUUUAAUUACCGAACGGAAUUUAUUGCCUUAGGCAAUGUCAGGGACAAUCGUUAAGAAAUUAUGUAAGAAUAAAAUCAAUACAUUCGUACAACAAAUAACGAUGCCUACAAUAACAGUUUAAGCUUUGUUAAAGUUUUCUGUAAUAUAUUACAUGCUCAGCACCUAAACUACUGCGACUCUCACUGUAG